GCUAGAAUAUCUCUGUGGCAUCUCCUUGACUCGACCUGCACGGAAAGAGACCACAGGACAUUUCAAGAAGAAUUGUGUCAGGAAAUCCAUGAGCAGCUUGAAACACAUGCAGACCAUCUCAUGCCCCACUAUAGAAGUGACCGUGGCUGAAGAAAUGUCCAGCGGGAUGGCUGAUGAAAAAGGAAAUAAAGGGAAGCAUCAAGAAAGACACUGUGGCACUCCUUCUCUCCAGGAUGGACAGUUUGUAAGCAGCACUCAUGCUGUGAAGACUGACCCCUCAUUUGAUGGUGUUUGUGUAGAUGUGAACUUGCUUUCAGAGAGUAGUGAUGCUGGGAUCCUUUAUCUGAACCCUCAAACACCUAACUGGUCUCUCGUGGAGAAGUUCGCUGAGCUCACUCCGAGAGAAGAAAUGGGAGUCUGUGAUAACCAAGAACACAGUGGUCGAGCUUUGUCACAAUGUACUAAAUAUCCAGAGAACAAUAAAAUACAUGGAUGUAAUGAAGCGCUCUCGGCGGAUGCUGCUCAAAAGAAUUGCUCUAAGUACCUCAAGAGCCGCCAAGUGCAAAGGGAUGCCUCAACCAAACAGAGGGCAUCUAAACUCAAAGAGCUAAAUGUGGAGGAAUAUUCUCCAGGUGGAGGUAGGAACAAGACCAAAAAGAAAAAUGUGAAUAGUCCUUCUGUUAAGAAAUCACUUAAAAAGCAUGACAAUGACAAGAUCCCUCGACUUUUGGAAGCAAUGAAAAAGCGUAGUGGGGUUGACACAGAGCACCGUCCCUUCAAGUGCACACACUGCGACUGGGCUUUUAAGAAGCUGUGCAACCUGCAGAGUCACUUACAAACGCACAGUGGCCUCAAGCCACAUGUGUGCGAUAUAUGUGGCAAGUCUUACUCCCAUCAGGGCACGCUGCAGCAACACAAGCGUCUACACACUGGCGAAAGACCAUAUCACUGCCCUUUCUGUGUCAAGACCUAUAUCUGGUCUUCAGAUUACCGCAAGCAUAUCCGCACACAUACUGGUGAGAAGCCCUACGUCUGUGACACUUGUGGUAAGGAUUUCAUUCGCUCCUCUGACCUGAGGAAGCACGAGCGGAACAUGCACACCAAUGACAAGCCCUUUCCAUGCACACACUGUGGCAAGACCUUCAAUAAACCCCUCUCCCUGAAGCGUCACGAGCGUAAGCACCUGGGAGAGAGGCCCUUCUCCUGCCCCGACUGUGGGAAGGCGUUUGCUCUGCCCAGUCGCAUGGCAGAGCACCAGAAGAUCCACACAGGAGUGCGUCCGUAUGUCUGCUCGGUGUGCUCCAAGUGUUUCACAAAAUCCUCCAAUCUGGCCGAGCACGAGGCCAUUCACAGCGGAGCACGGCCCUAUAAGUGCACAGAGUGCGGCGUGGCCUUUGCCAUGGCUUCUCGCCUCGUUCGUCACCAGUAUGUCCACAAUAAAAAGAAACCCCACAGCUGCACGGGCUGCAGCAAGAACUUCAGCCACCUAGCAACACUGAAGCUUCACCAGGAGCAAACCUGUGCCGGGAGGAUCUUUGUCUGUGUGGAAUGUGACAAAUCUUUCCAGUGUGCCGCAAAGCUUGCGCAGCACAUGCUGAACCACAGGGACAAAAAUAUCUGAGUCUGUUUUUACGACAGGUACUGUACACGUCCAGCAGCGUGCGGGUACUAUUCACUCAAUUUCCAAUUGUAAAUCUAAAUUAAUUGGUAUGAUAUUUAAUUAAUGUUAAUAUUAAUGAGAUUCAUUCAAGGUCAUUGGGCACCAGUGUAUUUUAUGUCAAGGUUAUUACUUGUAAGAAUUGUACGUCAUGAGUUUUUAAAUGUAUAAGUCACACACCCUCUCUCCCCACAGUGCUGGGUUCCCAUGGGAAUGUUAUAGGAUAAAAAUUGCCACCAGCACACCACUGACACUUGAGCUGACAGCCUUCACAGUGUGAAAUGACAGUGGUCACAAGAGCAUUAGACCCUUUUAAAGUGGCAACAUACACUCAGCUGGCAGUUUAGGAGGAACACACAGCUAAGGCUAAUGCAGUCGAAUCUGCUGUGGUUAUAAUUUUUAGUUUAUAUUGACAUUGUUUUAAAAAAAAAAAAAAAAAAGAGGUGCUGAUUCAACUGUAUGAUCAUUUUGAAGGGUGUAAUUUGUGGAUCUGUUGAACUGUAUUGCAUUAUACAGAGAAGUGUGUUUAGCCUUCUCCCAUUGAUAUAAAUGGGGUGGGCAAAAUAAUAGAAACGCCUGUCUGUAUAACUCAAUACUAAUACAAUUCAACAGCACCACAAACUGCAGCCUCAUCAUAACCUGGGGGGGGGGGGUGUCCCUGAUACAUUACUGUGAUUGCAUUCAUAGACCAGAGGAGUUAAAGUUUCAGGGAAGCCAGCCAAUUGGUCAGCCAUUGCUUCUUCUUUUUUUGCCAGGAGACAUUGUUCUGUGAAGUUACAGUAGUAAUUUUGUACUCACUGUCAUGAUGUCUUUUGGUAUGAGUAAAAUGCACCAUGUGUUUGAUAAUACAGCUAUUUCAGAGCUGGAAGUUUGUUUGAAAGAUGGUUUUAUAGUUUUGGUCUUAUGUUUAAUUUGUAUCGGACACAGCAACGUUUUUAUAUGCAAUAAAAAUGUGAGAAUGAUACGCAAUUUACCCUGAUGUAACAAUGCAGCGAUUGUGCUCUUAUUUUCUAAGUAAACUAAAAGUAUUUAAGAUGUAUGGUAGAUCAAAUCUCUUAAAUUCACUAUGCAUGUUAUGUCAGGUGUUAAAACUGUGAUUCUUUUCAA